AUGGAUGUCGAAGAGGCGGAGGUUGUACACGCACAAAUUCCAGAUCCUGGUGUGAAGGACGCAUGUCCACACAUGUUGUUUUCCGAGCUUUUCGCACUUAGUCUACCAUUCGGAGCUGUGGGCAUGAUGAGGACGGAAACCAAGUCGAACAGCGACCGUGCCAUACGCAACAGGGAUGCACUUGGCAUUUCGCACUGGCCGGGCUCAGAUGUCUUGCGGGAAAAGCUCGAACCGGCAACGCAUUUGGACAAGCCAUCGAACCGAGGUAUCCGAAUGGAUCCACCUACACGGGUGAAUGGCUUGGAGCUCAUAGACAUGGCCACGGCGUGCAGGCCGCCGGAUAUUCAUGGCCAGGGCAAGUACAGCUGGGAAGAUGGACGUGUCUAUGAGGGCCAGUGGGACAAGAACCGAAUGCAUGGUGUUGGGAAGUUCCGCUGGGCCGAUGGACGGAUCUACGAGGGUGGCUACGUCAAUGAUCAGAAGGAAGGCCGAGGGAAAUUUUCUUGGCCAGAUGGACGGUCUUACGAGGGGCAGUGGGCGGAAGGCAAGCAGCAUGGCAGCGGCGUCUUCACCAAUCAAAAGGGUGAGAGGAAAGUGGGUGAGUGGCAAAAUGGAAAGCGGCAGAAUUGA